UGAUUAUCCAUCUAGGUCAAGCAAUGUUUGAUUGUAAAUGGAAACUGUUUCUCCCUCUCUUAAACUAUUUAUCUCUCUCUUACAAAGCAGCAAAAACUUGUCACUCUCUUUCAGGGCGCCCUUUAUCCCUCUCGUCAAACCCCUUUUGGAAUCGUCACUGUCCUGUCUGGAAAACCAACCACUCCUGCGCGUCUCUGUAGCGUAAAUGAGAUCCCCCUUCCACUGCAUUCUCUCUCUUCCAUUCGCCCUCUCUCUCUCUCUCUCUCUCUACCUGCGUCUCCACUCUGCAAAUCCUCCAAGCUCUUCGCAUCUACCUCUCUCUCUCUCUGAAAUAAGAUUUAAAUAGAGAGAGAAAAUGAUGAUAGGAAGUGCAGAGAGCGAAGCCUUAGGCAUGAGCAUCAUGUCCUCUCUUCCCCUGCAACUUAAUCAAGCGGCGGCCAUGGCCAGAGAAGCCCCAAUCUCCAUUCGAGAUCCAGUGAAUUCAAGUGGUUUGUGGAGCAAGAAAGACGAUCGCGUCCCUCAAUGGAGCCAUCAAGAAACAAGGGAUUUCAUAGCCAUUAGGGCUGAGCUCGAAAGGGAUUUUACACAGACAAAGAGGAAUAAGACGCUCUGGCAGGCCGUGGCUUCAAAGAUGAAAGAGAGAGGUUACAGAAGAAGCCCUGAACAGUGCAAGUGUAAGUGGAAGAACCUCGUUAAUCGAUACAAGAAGUCCUUGCCGUGGCAGGGGAAGGAGACAUCUGAUCCUGAGAGUGGCAGGCAGUGCCCCUUCUACGAAGAGCUUCAGGCCAUCUUCACUGAACGCUCAAAAAGCCUAAACCGCAUGCUCUUAGAAUCAGAGCUUGGAGGCUCAGCCUCCAAGAACAAGAUGAAGAGGCCACUCCCUGAACGAUCCUCUGAUGAAUUCACAGAUGAUGAGGAAGAUGAUGAAGAAGAGAGCGAAGAUGAUAGAACAGCAACAAAGGGCAAGAAGCGCAAGUUAGAGAGAGACAGAAACAAAGUGGGCGCAGAUAAAUCUCGAGCUAAUGGUAUCAAUGAAGUCCUCCAAGAAUUUUUUCAGCAACAACAGAGGAUGGAGAUGCAAUGGAGAGAGAUGGCUGAGAGGAGAGCUCAAGAGAGGAGGAUGUUUGAACAAGAGUGGAGACAGUCGAUGGAGAAGCUGGAGAGAGAGAGGCUGAUGCUCGAGCAGUCAUAUAGAGAAAGAGAGGAGCAGAGGAGGAUGAGAGAGGAGAGCCGUGCAGAGAAGAGAGAUCAAUUGCUCACAACCUUGUUGAACAAGCUCAUCCAUGAUGGACUUUGACUGUGUGAUGAAGAUGGGUCUUUUGCUUGCUUGUGAGUGUGUGAUGAAGACUGGUCUUUCACUUGCCUCCUUGGUACUGUUUUGGUAGAAAGAUGCAUUUGGAGGGGUGCUGCAUAUCAUUCUCUACAGCCGAAUGAAGCUCAUCUUUACAGUCGUGAAAUGGGAGCUUUGGAGUUAAGUGUAAAUUCUCUCCGUUCUGGUUCAGCUCCAUUUCUGAAAAUUCUCUUAUUUUACUUCAAGAUAGAUAUAUCGUCGAGUUUGAAGAGUAAUAAUCCCAUGUGAGAGUGUCUUCUGGUCUACAAUUUAUGUAUCUGGUGGUUUUUGCUUUUCAUCUUUUAUAUGUUUGUACAAAACUCACCCAGCACAAAUCUAUACAGAGAUGAAGUUGGAACACUGUGAUAAGAGAGCAGAAGAGAAACAUAACUUUGAAAUUUUCAUUUAAUAAUUUUUUCUAUUUUUGUAUCAA